GCGGAGCGGAGCAGGCAGAUUCCCUUUGGACUGGCCGACUCCGCUCCGGCUCAGCGCUUACUACGCUGGGAAAGAAAGUGCGCUUAACCUUUUCAUGUGCGGGGUGUAGAAUGCUGGCUCCGGUGAGGCUAGGCCUGCCCACGUGACCCCUGCCACCACCAUGCUGUGCCCUUGGCGUGGGAAGGUGAAGCUGUUGCUGGCCACGGUGACGCUGGUCUUCCUCGUCUCCUGGCUCUACCUCUUUAUGGGUAAUCUGGAGUAUGGAUGUUCCCGUAUGCUGCCCCCUUGCUUUGGGGAACAGUCCAGCCGGUACCUUGACCGUGAGGCCUUGGUGUCCCAAGUACGAAAAAUGGAAGAGGAGAACCAGCUCUUGAGGCUGCAGCUCAGCCACUCCCAGGCCCAGGAGGAGAGGGCCGAUGGCACUGACAACAGCCAGCAGGGGGCGCAGUUCAUAGAGGACCAGGACGGAAGGAACAACCAAACCAGCUGCCCCAAGCAGAGGAUGGUUCAGAAGUGUGAGCUCCUCCAUGUUGCGAUUGUGUGUGCUGGGUACAAUGCGAGUCGGGAUGUUGUCACUCUGGUGAAAUCCAUCCUCUUCCACAGGAGGAAUCCUCUCCACUUCCAUCUCAUCACUGACUCGGUGGCCCACCAGAUCCUGCAGACCUUGUUCCAGUCCUGGAUGGUGCCCUCGGUCCAUGUUAGCUUCUACGAUGCAGAUGACUUGAAGACAGACAUUAGCUGGAUCCCAAACAAGCACUACUCUGGCAUCUAUGGGCUGAUGAAGCUCACGCUCACCAAGGCCCUGCCCUCCGACCUUGCCAAGGUCAUUGUCCUGGACACAGACAUCACCUUUGCCACCGACAUUGCAGAAUUGUGGGCCAUCUUUGGGAAGUUUUCAGACAAACAGGUGAUUGGUCUGGUGGAAAACCAAAGUGAUUGGUACCUGGGGAAUCUCUGGAAGAACCAUAAGCCGUGGCCAGCAUUGGGGCGUGGCUUCAAUACAGGCGUGAUCCUCUUGCUGCUGGAGCGCCUGCGCCGCAUUGGCUGGGAGCAGAUGUGGCGGCUGACGGCAGAGCGGGAGCUCAUGAGCAUGCUGUCCACCUCGCUGGCAGAUCAGGACAUCUUUAACGCGGUGAUCAAGCAGAGCCCAGCACUGGUGUACCGGCUCCCUUGCUUCUGGAACGUGCAGCUCUCGGAUCACACCCGUUCAGAGCAGUGCUACUCGGAGGUGACUGACCUCAAGGUGAUUCACUGGAAUUCUCCCAAGAAGUUGCGAGUGAAGAAUAAGCACGUGGAGUUCUUCCGGAACCUCUACCUGACCUUCCUCGAGUACGAUGGCAACUUGCUGCGCAGGGAGCUCUUUGGCUGUGCCAGCCUGCCCAGCCUGCCCGGCGGCCAGUUCCAGGAGGCCCUCGAGGAGCUGGAUGAAGAUGACCCUUGCUAUGAUUUUCGGAGGCAGAGCCUUAUUCAGCACCGUGUGCACCUCUUCUUCCUGGAAUAUGACUUCCCAGCCUCAGCUGAUGCAACUGAUGUAACUCUCAUAGCUCAGCUGUCCAUGGACAGGCUACAGAUGCUGGAGGCCAUCUGCAAACACUGGACGGGCCCCAUUAGCUUGGCGUUGUAUAUGUCUGACGCUGAGGCCCAGCAGUUCCUGCGCUAUGCCCAGGCCUCUGAGGUGCUGAGCAACCGCAGGAACGUUGCUUAUCAUAUUGUGUACAAGGAAGGGCAGUUUUACCCAGUCAACUUCCUGCGCAACGUAGCGCUGAAGAAUGCACAGACGACUCAUGUCUUCCUGACGGACGUUGACUUCCUGCCUAUGUAUGGCCUUUAUGAUUACCUCAGGACCGCCAUCUUGCAGCUGGAGCUGCCCGAAAGGAAGGCAGCGCUCGUCGUGCCUGCAUUUGAGACUCUGCAUUACCGCCUCACCUUUCCCAAAUCCAAAGCAGAGCUGCUCUCCAUGCUGGACAUGGGCUCCCUCUAUACCUUCAGGUACCAUGUGUGGCCACAGGGUCAUGCCCCAACAGACUAUGCCAAGUGGCGGACAGCCACAGUGCCCUAUCAAGUGGAGUGGCAGCCACACUUUGAGCCUUACGUUGUAGUAAAGCAGGACUGCCCCCUGUACGACCAGAGAUUCGUAGGCUUUGGCUGGAACAAGGUGUCCCACAUCAUGGAGCUCGAUGCCCAGGAGUAUGAGCUGUUGGUGCUGCCCAACGCCUUCAUGAUCCACAUGCCUCACGCGCCAAGUUUUGAUAUCUCCAAAUUCCGCCGGAGCUCCAGCUACCGGGACUGCCUGAAGACCUUGAGGGAAGAGUUCCAUCAGGACCUGUCGCGCAAGUAUGGCGCAGCUGCGCUCAAAUACCUCACUGCUGAGAGAAGCCUGUGAACAGCAACCAAGACACCAAAGGACGCUCUAUGCAAGGCAGUCUGGGAGACCUGCAGGGGCUCUUGCUUCCUGGAGAGGUUCAAACCUGCAGCCAAAUCAUACCACUCUGGCCUAGGUUGUGGGUACAAUUGUGCCCAGUCUAGGGCGCGCCCAUCCUUCAGGGCUAUGCAUACUUAAGAGGCAACUUCUGCUCUCAGACUAAAUUAGGCAAAUUACAUUUGUAUGCAUCUGCUUUUGUUUGCAUAUUGUUUCUAAAUUAAGGGGAAGAUGAGAAGGGCACAUGCAGUGAAUGUAGGGUUUGAAUCCCCUCUGUUCCUCACACAAACUCUGAGCCCACUCUGAAUGCAAUACCACAUUCUUUACACAACACCGCAUUCACCUAGUUACAGUGGUGGAAAGGUCGGUUUUAGUUUGUAGCUCUAUAGUGCACAUGGAGAUCCAGAAUUCUUCUAAUAUCUUGCCUCUCUGCUCCAAUCUAAUGGCAGGACUACUGCACUUUCUAAAGUGACUGGGUUCGCACGCUUGCCGUGAGUAGUUGUGGCUUAUUUAAGCCAGGAUGAGCCACAAGCACGGUCCUGAAUAUGCAGCUUGUCGUGGUGUCCAAACCCAGGGACUGGGUUAUGCGAGAGUUAAUGAACCCUCACAGAACCCACGGCCCUCACAGAACCUGGGGUCCCUGGGUUCAGAGGACAUGACAAGGUGCAGUUGGGGGUUGACAAUUCAAAAUGGCCAUCAGCACACCCUGCAAUCAACCCAUGGCUUAAAUAAGGCACAGGGGACAGUUUGACUGGGCAAAGUAGAUCAGUGCCUUUGCUCUCCUCAUAAUUCUCUCUUCUUGACCGUGUUCCUGCGUUAUUUGGGGGACAAGGGGAUCAAUGGCUACGAGCCAUGACUGAGCUAUAUUUGCUCCAGUGGCAAGAGGCAGGAUGCCCCUGUAUGCCAGUUGUUGGAGAACAUGGGGGUGGCAUUGCUUGUGGGCUUCCCAUAGGCAGCUGCUUGGCCACUGUGGGAACAGGAUGCUGGACUAGGUACGCCCUGAGGCGCUUUUUAUGUUCCCUCGUUUCCACCCUCCUUUUCUUUCUCUUGUUUUGCCUGAAAAUGAAACGUGAUCUAUGGCCAUUAUGACUAAAUUCUCUAAAUUAAUUGUCUGGAACAGUUCUUUUAUUUUUAUUUUUCUAGCUGCAGGAUGUUUGGCUCCUGAAUAUCUUCCUGCAAAACAAACGCAAGAGGGACUAUAUGUAUACAUCUCUCUCUCUUACGUAACUGUGAAACUGCCUUUGUACUGUGGAUAGGACUUUAUUCACUGAAAUGGAAUGAUGUGAUUUGUGACACCGUCAUGCCCUAUUCUGACAGUCCUAAUAUGGGUAAUGUUCUCUCCCCCCCCCCAAUUUGGACAAAAAGGCUAAGUGCAAGGGAAACUAUGUCCAUAGUUAUGGCUAAUGUAUGGUGCAAACCAAGAUCCGUCUAGUCCAAUUUUCUUUUUCAAUAGAUGUCAGCCAACCAAGUGCCCUUGAAAAGUUUAUAAGCAGGUUAUUUUAGGGAUAGCCAGCCCUUCUGGUGCCUUCUUCCUCUACCCCACAAAAUGAAAUGCAGAUAUGCUGUCACUAUACAUGGAGGAUCUGUUUCACUAUCACAGCUGAUCAACAUUGCCUCUUCCUUGCUCAGAUGCAAUUUUGAUGUUGCACAUCAUUGCCAAGCAAGCUCUUUCCCCCUCCCAUGGAGGAAUAUGAAAUCCUGUCCUUCUUUUCCAAUCAAUUGGAAUGUGGCCUUGAACUAAUCCUGUCAGCUCAUACUUGCUCAGAUUCUCUUCUGAGGGGCAAGAACUACACAGUUGGGCCUUCCACAAUGGACUCAUGACUGUUUUCUCAGCUCAAGGUUGGCGCUGGUGUCCAAACCUGCAAUCAGCUAUGUCAGUCUUUGCAGCCUUGGAAGGAGGCAGGAGGCAUCCUCUGUAGGCUGCUAUCCUUAAGGGCUGCUUGGAAAACCUGACCUUGAAAAGGACUGAUCUGAUUCAUUGAAGGAAGGAAGCUGGAGCUGCCAGUUGAGGAGGAUUCAUCAGAAUGCUCUUAGUGAACGCUGCAGCUGGAUACCUGCGCUGGGAGCAGCUUCAGCCCAGCAUUGGUCCACAAUGAUCAAACACUGGAGCACGAGGAGACGGGCAGAACUUGCGAACACUUUCCUCGCUUGCUAUUUAUAUAAUUUAAGAUGAUUUCUUACAAGGUGUAAAAUGGUUUGGGGGUGUCAGUGGGUUUUCUAAUGGUUUAUUUUUAUCUCUUUGGUUCUAGAGUAUCUCUGGGGCCUUCUGCUGCUAGCCUCUGGUUUCUACUUUGACUUCCUGGUAUUAAGCUGGAAUCCAAGUGCUUCCAAAGUGCUGGGACUGGGAUUUUCUGUCCCAAGAUAAGGCAGGCUCAUAGAAGGGUGCUUCCAGACAAGAGGGGUCCUAGGACUAACAAUCAGAAACCGUUGUGUAGCUAUUCCAACUUUUCUUAGCAGAUUUUCUGCGCUAAGGAAAAAAGAUGAAAGGAGCAGGGAGGAAACCUGGGAGGGUUCAGAGUGGAAGAUGUUGUCUGAAUCACCUGUAAAAUUCCAGGAAUGAUGCAGGGCACUGGCAUGAUACAAAGCAUCGUCUGGAAGCACCUUCAAUGCUGAGCCUGGCCUAAACUGAGCAUUGUACAGAAUGGGCACGUGUGUUUCCUGCCAUUUUUAAAAUUAAAGUUUUUAGAAUUCUUUUUCAA